UUUUCGGCUUAAGCCUCGUUGUGACGAGGCCCGCCAUGUGGCUCCAAGACUCAUGAAUAUAUCCGGGACCGCAGCUCCAGAGGACAUUGAAUGCGAAGACACUUCAUUGGAGCAGAGCAAAUGGAAAAGCCCAUCUUUUGCAUGCUCCGCGUCUUUGUUUGGUCCAGGCCUACUUGUUUGUUUAGCUGACACCGAUGCUGGCUGCUUGCUGGUGGCCGGGCAAUCGGGGUCUAGGUGGGGUUACAAACUGCUGUUCUUGCAGAUAGCUCUCAUCCCAGUGCUGUUCAUGGCGCAGGACUUGACCGUGCGGUUGGGCGUGUGCACCAAGCAAGGCCACAGCGCUUGUAUUCGAGAUCACUUUGGACCUCGUUGGUGCUGGUUUGCCACCGUGCUCCUCCUUUUGGAGUGCGUGGUGGCCAUGGUGUCUGAGAUGAGCGGCAUAGCUGCUGUGAGCCACCUGUGGGGCUUAAACUACGCGGUCUCCGUGCUUGUAGCUGCUUUUGUCAUCAUCGGAGCAGUCAUGAGCUUGCGGUACAGGCAGAUUGAGGUCAUUGGUAUCAUCCUUGGAAUGUUCGAGUUGGUGUUCGUUUUCACGAUGCUCUAUUACCACCCCUCUUUGAAUGAGGUUCUCAAGGACAGCUUCACUGGGACCUCGGACCCAGAGUAUUUGAAGCUCAUCUCCGCCAACAUCGGGGCGGUUGUAAUGCCCUGGAUGGUUUACUUCCAGCAGAGCGCCAUUGUGGCACGGCGCUUGCGAAGCCAGUCGCAGUUGGACGAGGAGCGGACUGGCACGCUGCUCGGCAGCUUCCUGACGCAACUCAUCAUGAUUGGAGCGCUGGUGACCCUUGCGGCAGCCCACUCCGUGAGCCGCGACCUCCGCAACACUGAGGACAUCGUGCGUGCAUUGGCUCCAGCUUUUGGUGUCUUCUGGUCAAAGAUCCUCAUCUCCUUUGCCUUUCUUGGCGGAUCGCUGUGUGCAGCUUUUGUCGUUGCUUUGGCUGCAACCUGGGCUUUGUGUGAGGCGGCAAACCUCGAGGAUGCCUUUGCCUUGGAGCAGUCGCCCACCGAGGCGCCGUUCUUCUACGGCAGCUUUUUGAUGGUUGUCUUGCUGGGUGCCCUGGUGCUGCUCUCCGGGGUGAACACUGUGAAGCUCAACGUUGCCGUGGAGCUCCUGGAUGGCAUUCUGAUGCCCGUGGCGGUGGGCUUCCUGUAUUUGCUGGCCAUCAGCCCCGUGCUUCCAGAGCCAGUGCGAGUGAAAGGUCUCUACAAAUGGGUCCUGGGUGUCGUGUUCUCUCUGGUUGCCUUCGUGUCGCUUUCGAGUGCACUGGCAGGCUUGCUGGGUCAUGAACUCCUUUCUACGACGUGAGACAGCCGCCAACGCGGCCUUGUACUUCAAGCAGAGCGCAUGAGCCAGCUUGAUGGUGCUCUAGAUCCA